AUGGGCGCAGCGGUACUUUCUUCCUCGUCGUUCCUGCUCUCCUGCUUGCUGGUCCUCGUCUUGGGCCUCGCAUGUCCCUCCCGCGCCAACGAAACCCGUUCCUGGACCGGCCAGUUCAAAACCACCGCAGCCGAGCACUUGGCCGUGGCCAUCUCCCUCAAGUUCAACUCGACCUCCCCCGCCUACUCCGUCAUCUCCACGACCACCAUCAACCACCUCCGCGUCAACAACUCCGACCCCGCCCAACUCCGCUUCGACCACUCGCUCACCCACCCCGUGGGCAACAACGAGGAAGGUUUCGUGGGACCGACGCACACCGUCCUGCCGGCCCCGGCCAACACCUCCCUGCCCCGCACCUUCGUCGACUACUUCGGCCCUUGCGAGCUCGUGGACAUGUUCGGCGUGCCCCUCGACGCCCGGGCGGCUUUCAGUGCCAACCAAGUGAUCGAGGUCAACGCGACCGUUCGGGUCGACCUGACCGACGUCGUCUCGGUCGUCGCCAAGGAAGCCGUGCCCGUUCCCUCCACCCGCACCCAGUACUUCUCGAUCGACCUGCCCAACAACGUCAGCGAGGUGGUCAUCCUGAUUAAUAGCUCCGACCAUCACACCAAUCGGUCCGUCGGUUCGGUCUUUGACUUGCUGACGAUCGGAUGCGGGGCCGACGCCCAGAUGGUCAACUUGGACAAGGCCAACGCCAGCUCUACGCUCGCCGUCGUGCCGUUCGAGAAAGGCGGUCGAGUGUUCAUCACUCUUCAGAUGGCCGGGGGCGUGCCCCUCCCGAAGGAGCCCUCGUUCUCGUUCUCCUUCGAAACGAAGGACAAACAUGAUGCUGACGACGACUCCGACUUCUGGAAGCCGUGGGUCAUCGGUGUGAUCGUCGGCAGUGGCGUUGGCAUUGCUGUUUUCGUCUUUGUGGUGAUUGGCGUGGUUGUCUGGAUGGUCCGCAGCAGGCGCGACUACCAGCUCGUCAACUAA